AGAGAUUUGGGGUGAAUAUAACGAUGUGAACAACUAUGGCUGGGCUGCAACCUCAGGACGAGCUUUCAGAAAUGACCUACAGAGAAAACUGGAAGGUGCAGCAUGAGAAACUGCACAUCAAGCACCGAGGCCAUGAAGCCAUGCACGCUGAGAUGGUCUUGAUCCUCCUCGCUACACUGGUGGUUGCUCAGAUUGUGCUUGUCCAGUGGAAGCAAAGACACAGCAGAUCAUACACAUUAGUGACACUCCUGCAGAUGUGGGUGGUGCCUCUGUACUUCACUAUAAAGCUUUACUGGUGGCGCUUCUUGUCAACAUGGGGUAUGUUCUCAGUCAUAACCAGCUACGUCAUAUUCAGAGCCACACGAAAACCUCUGUCUGGCAGAACACCCAGGAUGGUGUAUAAGUGGUUUCUCCUCAUUUACAAGCUGAGCUAUGCUGUAGGUGUGCUUGGUUACCUUGCCAUUAUGUUUACUUUGUUUGGAUUCAAUGUUUUCUUUAGGAUAAAAGCAGAGGACUCCAUGGAUGUGGGGGUGAUCAUGCUGUUUUACGGCCUGUAUUAUGGAGUGAUGGGACGAGACUUUGCUGAAAUCUGCUCUGACUACAUGGCCUGCACUAUAGGGUAUUACAACAUGGGUGGGAUGCCAUCUCGGAACCUGUGCCAUGACAUAUGCGCCGUGUGCGGCCAGAAGACUUUUGUUGACGUGGAUGAGGAAGGCAUCAUCGAGGACACCUACCAGCUUUCCUGCAAUCACAUAUUUCAUGAAUUCUGUAUCCGGGGCUGGUGCAUUGUGGGAAAGAAGCAGACAUGUCCAUACUGCAAUGAGAAGGUUGACCUCAAGAGGAUGAUGAACAACCCCUGGGAGAGAACUCACGUUUUGUACGGCCAGCUUUUGGAUUGGCUGAGGUACCUGGUGGCUUGGCAGCCAAUCAUAAUCGGUAUUGUGCACGGGAUUAAUUUUUUACUGGGUCUUGAGUGAUGCUGAAACCCGAUGAGCCUCAGUUACUGUUUACAUGCGUUUAGUUUCGGAUUAUUUAUUUGUUAACGAUGGAUUUCAUUGAGUAGCAACGUGCAACAUGAUUACUUAGCUAUGACACGUUUACAUUAAAGCUGCUUAUUUAUUAUAGUUACUUUAAUUCCGUGCCUUUCUUAUGGGACUUUCGGACUUGGUGCCAUUACACACAGAAGUUGUAGCUUAUAACCACUCUGCCAGUCUGGCAUUAUGUUGCUUUUUGAGUUUUUGUAGCCAGUGACCCUAUAUUUUAAGGGCUUCACAUUGUCACUACCCCACCUCAUUCUGUUGAAGCUCAGUCUGAACUUUAAACCAUUCAAAUCAUGUCUGUUUUUACUAGUGAGUAGGAACGUGACUCACCUGACUCACUUGACUGGUGCAUUUUUACUCAUUCAGACAUGUUUACAGGUGAAGUAUGGGAAGUGUGGGCCACAUCCUAUGUGCUACAUGGUGCGUAACUACUAACCUAUAAGUGGGACGCACCAAUUAGAUCGUUUAGUAUUGUGUGCGUUUUGGGAGCCAGAUUUUCACCCACCUUUUAUGUCUUUUUUUUUUUUUACUAACCAUUAAUUACACCAAUGAGGCAUAACAUUAAAACCACCUCCUUGUUUCUACACUCACUGUCCAUUUUAUCAGCUCCACUUACCACAUAGAAGCACUUCUAUAUCUGUCCAUCUGUUUCUCUGCAUGCGUUUUUAGCCUGCUUUCACCCUGUUCUUCAAUGGUCAGGACCCCCACAGGACCACUACAGAGCAGGUAUUAUUUGGGUGGUGGGUCAUUCUCAGCACUGCAGUGACACUGACAUGGUGGUGGUGAGUGGAUGAGACACAGCAGCGCGGAUAGAGUUUUUAAACACCUCACUGUCACUGCUGGAUUGAGAAAAGUCCACCAAUCAAAAAUAUCCAGCCAACAGCGCCCCAUGGGCAGAGUCCUGUGACCACUGAUGAAGGUCUAGAAGAUGACCAACUCAAACAGCAGCAAUAGAUGAGCGAUUGUCACUGACUUUACCUCUACAAGGUGGACCAGCUAGGUAGGAGGGUCUAAUAGAGUGGACAGUGAGUGGACACGGUAUUUAAAAACUCCAGCAGCGCUGCUGUGUCUGAUCCACUCAUACCAGCACAACACACACUAACAC